CCACUUCCUUCGCAUCCCGAACUCCCUCCCACGAAGCCCGCAAACCCGCCAUCCGCCAACCUCCGAUCGAGCGCAAUCCACCCAAUUCACCCGCCCUCCUCCUCCUCCUCCCUCCCUCCCUCCCCUCGAAGAUCGCCACAACAAGCCGGAGACGCAGCCGCCUCUUCGCAACUCCCGCCAUGGCGUCCAAAAUCGGGCCCCGCAGCGUCAAGGACGCAACCCGCUUCACGUCCACCAUCCCCCACGCAACCUCAAAGUCGGUCGGCGGGUCCGCCGCCGCUCCCAAGACACCACGCAUCCCCGGCGAGUCGCCCGAGCAGCGAGUGCGUCGCCUACGGCACGCGCAUCUCGCUGCCCAGAAGGCCCAGAUCAGCAAGAUAGACAGGUUUAUUGACGGCUCGAGGCGCUUCCUCGACGUUGCGCACCGGUGGACCGUUGGAGGCAUUGUGAUAUUCACGGCCGUUGCCGGUGUAGUCAGUGUCUACUCGGUAUGGGACAUGCUCCGAUACAACCGCGCCCGCCGCGCCGAAUGGGUCGAGGCCCAGAAGAAGCUCGAGGCCGACGAGCUUGCCAGCGCCCGCCUGGCAUACCUCAAGGGCGAGGCCACCGAGGAGCAGAUCUUGCUCGUCGAGGAAGCCAACCGCGAGGCUGAGGAGAGGGGCGUCAAGCUGCCGCCCCUGCUCGCCGCGCCCACAACCCGCACUCACUUUGAGGAGAACUUCGCCGGCUCCGACGGCCCCAAGAAGGAAGGCAAGGGCGUCAUGGGCAUCUUCUCCAGCAUGCUCGGCCGCGGGGAGCAGGGCGAGGAGGUCGGCUCGUCCCAGGAGCGAUUGGGCUACGAGAGCCUGUGCGAGGAGGACGACUCGACGGGUGUGCGCGAGAGCGACCUGGUCCGCUCGAUUGAGAACAAGGCCCGGGGCGCCUGGGAGAAGGAGAAGGAGAACCAGCGGACGGGCGGCAGCCUGGACCAGCUAGGCCUAGAGGCGGCGCCCAGCCAGAAGUCUUGGUGGAGGUUUUGGUGAGCGGAUGACGACGGGGAAUGAGACGACAUGAUGGAAACAAGAUGUACGUGUUCCGGGCGAAAAGAGUGUAUCAUACUGUGUAGAUUGGCAGUGCAUUAGACGGCGUCGGGGUACCAUCUUGUAUGUAUCACCAUGGGGAAACCAAGCCCUACUUUACCUUACCUAUUAAAAUACCAAGCGAUUGAAACACGGUAGUCAUGGGUCAUGUUCUCUUACGUCGCGUUUGAUGCAUCUUCAGGGGUCAUGUCCUCACGUGUAGCAGGACCAUG